GCCCGCCCCGCGCCGGACGGAAGGACGGGCGGCGUGUGGGGGCGGAAGGCGGCGGGCCGCGCCCCGCGCAGUGCGGAGUCCGGGGUCCCGAGUGCCCAGGUUCCCAGCGGGGGCCGGUAGACACAAGAAUUGCAGCACAGUUUUUCCUGCUGAACCUGACCAUUGUCAAUAAUGGCAAGACUCCGAAGUGCUGCACCAUAUCCCCUGUGGAUCCUUUUCUUUUCAUAUGCAACAAAUGAAGUUUUGGCUGCAGGACACAUACAAGAAUUUGCAUGCUUCACUGACUAUGACAAAGAGCUGGUUUGUCGCUGGAAGGUGCCUGCACAAACCAAUUGCUCCAAAGAAUUUGUGCUCUGCUACAGCAAGGAAACUUCUUCUGUUUCAAACACGUGUGUUCCUGAGAAUGAAAAAGACAGUUUAAGGUGCACUUGUACAAUAUAUCCAGAAUAUUUUGUAUUAGGCCUCACGUAUAUUCUAGCCCUACAGUUCAAUGGCACUGAAUCAUGGAAUUACAGUGUAACACCAGCCCUUGUUGUUAAGCCGAGAUCCCCCAAAAAUCUUGCCAUUGAGAAAGCUGAAAAUGGUAAUUUCAAUCUGAGUUGGGAGGAGAGCUACUCUCAUCCAUCCUUUCUCUCUGGACAGCCAGUCAUCUAUGAAGUGAAAUACUGGAGGAAGCAGCACCCAACAGAGAUUUCUGUAAAAGCAAUUAACUACCAGGCAAACAGCUUUGAGAUUGCUGCAAGCUCCUUGAAGAGAGGCUAUGAUUACGUUGCAAGUCUCAGGUGUAACUAUGUGGACUACCCAGCCUACUGGAGUGAAUGGAGUGAAGAAGUUGAAUUUCACUAUGAUUACCAGGUGAAGGCUGAAGACAUUCUGCAGAUGGCUGUGCCCACAUCCUGUGUACUGAUCAUGGCAGGAUUCAUCAUUUGUUACUUCUGUUUCACCAAAAUGAAGAAAGAAUGGUGGGAUCAAAUCCCAAAUCCAGGAAAGAGCCAAUUGGUUGUAAAAAAUGUCAAGUUUUCAGUUUUGUGCUACUUUGAUGAAAUUAAGUUCCCAUUCCAGGACUUAAAGCAAAGUCAUCUGGAACAACAAAUAAACAGAAGUUGCAAGAACUGUCUGGCUCAAAGUUUGGCAAGCCAAAACUUCAAGGGAAAAGAUAACAUCAGAAAUGUUGAGAAAUCUUGCAGUUGCCACAGCAAGUCUGAAGAGUGGUUGCCAAAAGGCAGCUGUGCAGUUUUAACCCCUGACACAAUACCAGUUGAAGAGUGUAUAGAAAUUUGUGUAUGUUUAACAGACAGUGAAACUGAGAGCCAAGAAGAAACUAGCAACCAGAUCACCAUGCUUGAGCCUUGUGAGAGCAGCAUUGGUGUUUUCAGAGAGCACCCUGAACACAAUGAGUUACUAGCUGGCAUGUUUGAUGCACUCCUGGCAAAUGAAAAUAGCAUGCAAGACAAUAAAGGCCCAAACAUACCCACAGCAGAGUGGAAAACCUUAGAGAGCAUUGGGUCAGAAAAUCCAUCACAGCAAAAUCCAAAAGAAAGUGCAGCCCAGAGUCCACAAUCGUGUGAUAUUUCUCAUACAGCUCCCCUUUUCACCAAAACCUCUCAAGAUGACUACAAUUGUAGUACAGCCAGCAAAGAGUCAGAACUAUCAGAAGAAUCCUUUGAAUCUGGCUAUCGGAGCUCCAGCAUAAAUUCUGCUUCUCUGGAUGCAAGAGAUCAUCAACAAAUGGUUCAUCAAAGCCUUUUUCUAUGUAGUUCUGCAAGUGAUCUUGACUCUUGUGUCCUGAUCCAGGAGUCUACAAAUAAAUCAUUGUUUGGAACCAAAACAGACAGAAUAGACAGCCCUGCAUACAAGGGUUUUGAUACCCUUGUAUCUGCAUCCAUGGGAUUCUGUGGUUCUGCCUACAAGAGCUGUGACACCCUUUUGUCUCCAUCCCUGGAACCCUGUGGCUCUGCCUACAAGAGCUUUAAUAUGCUUCUGUCUGCAUGCAAGGAACCAAGCAGCUCUGCAUACAAGAGCUUCAGUGCCCUCAUGUCUCAGUCAAUGGCUGACAGUAGCCGGACUCUGGGCUUGGAAAGCGUGCCUUCCUCACUGCCUGUGAGACAGUUGUCAGAGACACCUGGAUGCAGCUGCGGAGAUCAAAGUGCUCAGCCUGCUAGCAAUCAGAUGUGUUGUAACAACUACAGAUCUCCCAGCACUGAGCUUGAUUUUCCAAACACCUGUUCAGAACAUUCUGAUUUUCUGUCUUUCUCCACACAUGCAAAUGAAGGUGCUUCAGCUUUUCUUUCAGAGGAAGAAAUGUGUAAGCAAGUAAUAUAUCAAAAUGUUCAAAGGAAAGCAAAUAUAAUUUCUUGCCCCACUGCACCUCAGUCAUCUGGCUAUCAGCCUUUUGGUAGUGUAGGUAAAUGUAAUUGUCUAUACUGGGACAGUGACAAUGAGGUUAUGUCUACAUCACUAUACGAAUCCUUCAUUAAUCUGUGCAACAACCUGAGGGAAGCACCUCCCGAUACUGCAAUCUAUGAAUUGGACCCAAGGAUAAAGGACAGUGUGUGUUUGACUGUUCAGGGUUCUGACUGCACCAUUGUCCCAGGUUUAGCAUCUAGUGAAAAUGACACACAGACUAGUGAUGGCAGCCCUUGUAUCAACAGCGCUUAUGAUCUGAAUGGUGAUAGCAGUGAGGAAAAUACCAGGAGAGAUGAACAGCUGUUGCAUUUGUUAGAAAUGAAAUGUCAAGAUUUAAACAGCAGAGCACUUAAACAGCAGAGAAAGAGCUAGAAAGGCAACAAAAUGGAAAAGCUUUAACCCUACUGGUAAAGUAAUGCAAGGGGGUGAUGAUAACAGGCUAAAAUACUGACUUCCACUGCCGCUCACACAACCACUUGAAGGAACUUGAAGAUGCAAGGGGAAGUGAAGAGGUGCUGAAGCAUGCAAAUGGGGGCAGGGGGUGUGACUCAGCAAUCAGCUUACCAGCAUCACUGGAUUGUAUUGGUAGCCCAACUUAGCCAGAAAAACUGCAGAGCUCCUGGAGCUCCAUGGCUCAGACAAGGUGCUAGCCUGUCAUUUUGUGAGUAACUCCUAUCCUUCCGACUCUCACACCAUUCACAGUGAGGACUCCAGACUGACACUUGCAGUUAAAAAAAAAAGACCAAUGGAACUGUUAAUGGGAAACAGCAGGAAGAAUAAGGAAAAAAUGAAACUUUUGUGCAAACCCUUGCCCAAGAGGACAACUGCUAUAUGGAGGUAGCCUAGCCAAGACUGAACUAGUCUUUGGAAAUAAACUGUAUGGCAAGUUGAAUUCUUGCUUGUUAUUUCAAUCUUGACUGAAGUGAGGGCUGCUAUAGGUCACCCAUGAUUCAUUGGGUUGUGUCAUUUACGCCUGCCUGGAAUUGGCAGCUGGGACAUGGUGGAGACCCCUGGGCACAGUUGGGUUUGGAACCCAGCAGUGGCAGCCACAGCUCUACAGAGACAAAGUCAAAGCUGCUGUCUCCAGCUGUGAGAAAUCUCUAAAAGGGAGCAGCAGCUGCAGGAAGCAGGAGUUCUUAGUACAGCUCUUGUGGUUAUUGCCCUGGCUAUGUGUUGCUUGGGAAGCACAAAGGUUAUGUGGAAUGUGCUGACAUACCUGAAAGUGGGAUAUAGGUCAGGUCCAAAAGGAAGGUGUGUGAUUUAUCACACAGCUUCCAGAGCUUACUUCUUUUGGGGUGGGGGAUGUUGUCCUGUGUGCUUAGCCCUGGCAUGGGGUGUAUGUUUCUAUACCUGCGCAAUCAAGACCUGAAAUAAAGAUUACCAUAAUUUUCACUUA